GCUGUAAUAAACAGAAUGGUCAAGAAAGGAAUCCAUCUAUAUAAGAAGUAGAGACCACAGCUUCCCUCCCCACCAAAACAUAGUCCUGCGAUAUCUCAGUAGAUAUCCUCUCUGAACCUUACAGCCUUUUUGUAUUGAUUAUUUCUUCCUACUACACAGGCAGUGAGGAAAAUAUAUUGUAUCAUCCAACCCAAGUGAAAGAUGGCGCAGAGACAGGAAGGAGAAGUUGAUGAGAAGACAUGGGUUUAUGAUUCUUCUGUGGAUCAUAAAGGAAGGCUCCCUCUCCGAGCUUCCACCGGUGUUUGGAAAGCCUCUCUCUUUAUUAUUGCAAUUGAAUUCAGUGAGAGGUUGAGUUACUUUGGAAUAGCAACUAGCCUGAUUUUAUACCUCUCUAAGGUAAUGCAUGAAGACCUCAAGUCAGCGGCAAAGAGUGUAAACUACUGGUCCGGAGUAACCACCACGAUGCCAUUACUUGGAGGAUUCCUGGCUGAUGCUUACUGGGGCCGAUUCUCAACAGUUCUCAUUUCAUCCAUUGUCUACCUCUUGGGAUUGAUUCUCUUGACCAUGUCAAGAGUAGUACCAAGCUUAAGGCCAUGUGGCGCAGGCACAUGUCUGGAACCUAGGAAGGUCCAUGAGGUGGUCUUCUUCCUUGCAAUUUAUUUGAUCUCUAUAGGAACUGGAGGGCAUAAACCAGCCUUGGAGAGCUUCGGGGCUGACCAGUUUGACGAUGAUUACUCCGAAGAAAGAAAGAAGAAGAUGUCCUACUUCAACUGGUGGAACUUCGGCCUUUGUAGUGGACUCCUAAUUGGGGUCACCGUGAUUGUCUAUGUGCAGGAUCAUGUGAGCUGGGGUGUUGCCGAUAUCAUUCUCUCUGUAGUUAUGGCGGUUACAAUAGUGAUCUUCUGUGUAGGAAGGCCAUUUUAUCGGUACAGGAAGCCUAUGGGGAGCCCCUUGACCCCCUUGCUGCAGGUCUUAGUUGCGGCAAUUGCCAAGAGAAAACUUCCUUAUCCUCCUAACCCUUCCCAAUUGUAUGAAGUUCCAACAGCAAAAAAGACGCAAGGGAGAUUUCUCUGCCACACCGAGAAGCUUAAAUUUCUUGACAAGGCUGCAAUCCUCGAAGACAAUGGAGAUUCAGCGGAGAAGCAACACAGUUCAUGGAGACUUGCAACUGUAACAAAUGUUGAGGAGAUGAAGCUUAUCCUCAACAUGAUUCCCAUAUGGCUAAGUUGCUUGCCAUUUGGAAUUUGCGUAGCCCAAGCCUCCACAUUCUUCAUCAAACAAGGUGCAACAAUGAACCGCAAGAUUGACAACGAUUUUCUCAUCCCUGCAGCCUCAAUUUAUUCUCUUGCUGCCAUAGGAAUGAUAGCCUCAGUCACCAUUUAUGAAAAGAUUCUUGUACCUGUGCUAAGACAGGCAACAGGAACCGAAAGAGGUAUCAAAAUCCUCCAGAGGAUUGGUAUUGGGAUGGUUUUCUCAAUGAUAGCCAUGAUAGUAGCAGCCUUGGUUGAGAAAAAGAGACUUGGCGUCGUGGAGAAAAAUCCGCAAACUGGUUCACUUUCAAUGAGUGUGUUUUGGUUAGCUCCACAGUUUGUCAUCUUAGGUAUUGGAGAUGGGUUUAGUCUAGUGGGCCUGCAAGAGUACUUCUAUGACCAAGUUCCUGACUCCAUGAGAAGCUUAGGCAUUGCCUUCUACCUUAGUGUGAUUGGAGCUGCCAACUUCCUCAGUAGUCUGUUGAUAACAAUCGUGGAUCACGUAACAGAGAAGCAUGGGAAGAGCUGGUUUGGUGUGGAUUUGAACACUAGCCGCUUGGACAAGUUCUACUGGCUGCUAGCAAUCAUGAAUAUGCUCAACUUGUGGGUAUAUGUGAUCGUGGCUCGCCGUUAUUCUUACAAGAAUGUGCAGAGAAGGGCAGCUGUGGCUGUGGCCGACUGCUAUAAUGGUGAUGGAGUAGGAUCAAUGGCUUGAUAUAUAUGCACUUUAGAUAGUUUUGUGGAUAUGCCAUUAUUGCUUUGGCAUAUGUUAUAUAAUGGUCAGUGAACAGAAAAAGGCUUGGAGUGUUGUAGCACAUGAAUGGUUGCUUGCAAUUGAAGUAUUUUCCUUCUUAAAGUUUCAUCUUAUUAA